AUGAAGCAUACAAAGGGGAGACAAAAGAUCGAGAUGAUGAAGGUUGAAGCCUACAGAGACCGAAUGGCUACGUUUUCAAAACGUAAAUCCGGGAUCUUCAAGAAGAUGAACGAAAUGAUCACACAGUGCAAUGUGGAAAUGGCUUUCAUGGUUUUCACUGAAACCGGAAAACUUUAUACAUUCGCAAAUCCGUCUGUGGAGGAAGCGUUGGGCCGGUUAAAGAGCCCAUCGACGUGA